CUUCAGAUCCGUGCUGAAUCGGGCUGACACGUUCUUGGCUCACUCACCCCCGUGCAGGAAAAGUCGGAAUUCUCAUUUCAAUGCAUGAUGAGUCAUGAACUAUUUUGGUUAAUGUGGCGUGCCCACAUUACUGCCAAAGACCUCACAUGUUUUGGCUCAAGAUGUGAAACUCUGGAGUGCCCAGGGCGGUGCAGGCGUUGCCGCAGCGGCAUAGGUGCCAUAAUUAGUUGCAAAGAAGCCGCCCUUACCUUUGCCGAUGUCUUUUGAGGCCUAUUUUCCACUGUGCUUCAGCUUCUUUGGUCUAGGAGAGCGGCUACAACUGCGCACCUUGUCGCGGCGGAUGUGUCAAGAGGUGGAGGCUGGCCGCUGCGAUGUCUCCGGCGGAGCGGCGCUGGGCCGCGUGGCGGAGCGAGGCAUGGCCGACCUAUGCCAACGGCUGGUGCGUAUGGGCGCAAGCGUGAAUGCUGCCAGCCGACAGGAUGACUUGACACCUUUGAUGUACGCGGUCUUCGGAGGUCAGCUGGAGACACUCGAACUGUUGCUGCAAAGCAAGGCAGAAGUCAACCAUCAGAACAAUACCAAGUGUACAGCACUGAUGCUGGCUGCAGAUUUGGGUCACACAUCCUCCCUCAAGCGCUUGCUCACUGCACGUGCUGAUGUGAGCCUGCAGGCAUCCGACUCUACCACUGCGCUCACGAAUGCUGCGCAGAAGGGCCACCAGGAAGUGGUGGAAGAGCUUCUGUGUGUCGGUCAGGAGCAAGCAUCUUUGGCCGAUGCCUUGUGGUGGGCGGCCGAAUAUGGCCAUGCCAGCAUCGUGGAACGGCUUUUCCAUUACAAAGUGGAUCCCAAUCUUGCCGGAGAGGAUGGCUCUGGCCCUGCCGGCGGAAAAGCCUUGCGGAUCGCAGCUCACAAGAACAAUGGCGAGGUGAUCUCUGCCCUCCUGGCAGGCAAUGUGGAUGUGAACGCCACCUCUGCCAAUGGCUUUGGGGCGCUCGCGGUCGCAUGCCAGUACGGAUCACAACGAGUGGCGCAAGACUUGUUGGCAAAUGCUGCAGAUGUGAAUGCUCGUGCCCCUAAUGGACGGACGCCCUUGAUGAUUGCUUCAACUUUUGGACAUUCCCUCGUGGUGGAGCACUUGCUGAUCUUUCUGGCAAAUGUGCACAUGAGGGAUCGAGAGGGCAAUACUCCAUUGCUAUUGGCAGCACAAUCUGGGCACAUACGCAUUUUGCAAGCCCUGUUGCAGCAGAAUGCCCAGGCCCCAUUCUUCAAGGUGACGCGUUGUGUCCCCCCUUGCGCCUAUCCUUUGCGCACAGGUCAAUGCCGCUGGGCAGUGCGGGUGGACCGCCUUGAACUUGGCCGCCAGCUUCGGGCACCUGGCGGCGUGCCAACUGCUUCUGAGUCACAAGGCGGACGCCCAGGUGCCCGAUGAAGCCCAAGAGACACCAGAGAUGGCGGCACUUGCGGGUGGUCAUACGGAAAUUGUCGCAUUGUUGCGAGAUGCCACGCAAGUUGCCAAAGCAGACAAUUGACAUAUAGCAUGACAAAACGCACUUGAUUCAAGAACCAAUCACAUGCUACAUCGUCA